UCUCGACUCGAGAUGUUAGAAGGUGGUAAAUCAAUAGGUGCCGGAGCUGCUACAAUUGCUUUAGCCGGAGCUGCUGUCGGUGUUGGAAACGUCCUCAGUUCUUUGAUUCAUUCCGUGGCGCGAAAUCCAUCAUUGGCUAAACAAUCAUUUGGUUAUGCCAUUUUGGGCUUUGCUCUCACCGAAGCUAUUGCAUUGUUUGCCCCAAUGAUGGCCUUUCUGAUCUCAUUCGUUUUCCGGUCGCAUAAAAAGUCAUGAGA